AAGAUAUCGGAUACUGCAGACGACUGAAGACUAUCAAAUUCGAACUUCAUUUUUUGAUGAUUUUCGCUCUUCACUAUGUAUUCAUAAAGAAAUAAUUGCUCUAAAACACAACAGCUUGGCGCGAGAAUAGUUCUUUUAUCCUGCUGUUGACGUUAGUCCUCUAGUUAACUAUUGGACAUCUUAACCUACUCUUCAGAAAAACGAGUUGGACGGUACGAGCCGGGAUGUUUUAUCACAUAAAGCUAGAGCAUGAAAUUUUAUUACACCCAAAGUAUUUUGGGCCUAAUCUAACGGAAACAGUGAAGACUAAAUUGUUUUCGGACGUUGAAGGAACUUGCUCUGGAAAGUAUGGCUUUAUCAUCGCUGUUACAAACAUAGAGCAUAUUGGUGCUGGUAUAAUACAGCCAAACAGAGGAUUUGUGCAGUACCGUAUAGUAUAUCGUGCCAUCGUUUAUCGGCCGUUCAAGGGUGAGGUCGUAGAUGCCAUCGUUACCCAGGUUACUAAAGUUGGAGUGUUUGCAGAAGCUGGUCCUCUCACCGUUUUUAUCUCUAAAUACUCUGUUCCGUCCAAUAUUAAAUUUGAAGGCGCUGAGACCACCACCGAUGGUCUCAACGAUGAUGAUGAAGAAGAGAGCCAAACAGUACAGAUUGAAGAUCGUAUUAGGAUCCGUAUAAUUGGCCUCCGAGUUGAUGCCAGUGAUAUCGUGAGUUUUGCUUGUUUAAAGGGUUGCACCGGACGUGCUUAGCAAAUUUGACGAUAGUCCAAAACUCUCAUAUCACUUUUAAAUCAACCAAUCCUUCACACAUGUUUUCCAUUUAAGCCUAACUUGGAGCGACACAUUUUGUCAAGUUCGGUUUUAUUUUGACCUACUGACUCAAUAAUCUAUGUAAAUUUUUAAACGUGAAAACGUAGCUGACAAGUUCGCUGUCGGCACGCUAAUGGAUGAUUAUCUUGGUGAGUUAGGCCUACUUAUAUAUGUAAAGAUAUAAGUUUGGUUAGUUUUUUUAUUUUGUAGCGUUAUUAUUAUGUAAUGCAUGGCUGUCUGCGUUUGACGGACUUAUUCUUUUCAAUAAUUGUUCAUUUUAAUGUCCUGCAAAUUCUUUAUUGCUGAGUACAGUUAUCCUUCAUUACGUUUAUUUACAAUCGGUUCAAAAUCGCAGAAAAUUUUGGUAUUUGGUACACUUUACGUAAUUUAUACUUUAAUGAUGUCAGUAGAUAACGUAACAGUUCCUCUUCGGUUCUCACCUUUUAUCAGCUUGAAAUAUCUUUGUUCUAAUUAAGACCUACGCAUAUGAUUGAAUAUUUCUUAUCUUACCGGUAAACUAAGAUAUCCCUAAUGUAAAUAUCAUGUUAUAACUAUAUUUCUGCUAUCCUUCUGGUAAAUCUACCUAAAGAUGCUUUUGACCAGUUAGUUUAACAUUCCGCAGAAACUCGGCAUUGAUCAUGAGAUGUUAUAACACUUUUAAAUGAAGACCUUCUAACUGCCAAAGCAGGGUUUGUAUAGUUUGAAUUAUUUUUUCUUGUUAGCGUUUUUUAGCGAGUUAGUUUUCUGCGCGAUGGGUUCGUUAACCCCCCGCCCAACCCUCGUCUUUUAUCCGGGCUUGGGACCGGCAGUAGCCCCGAAGGGUCUACAUGUGGAGUUGUUCGGUUGGGUCGUCACUAUAGGCA